AUGGCCCUAGUCGACUCCCGUCCCUACAGUGAUCCACUCCAUGGCAGCGUCGAGUUGGUAGAGAACAGCAGUCAAGCCUCACCAACUCAAACAUCAUCAGAACACGAGGACAACUUCGGAUCAUACAACCCAGGACUAUGCGAAAGACAAACUGAGACUUCAAAGCAAGACGAAAUCAUACUCGUUACUGUCAAGCCUCUUGCGACAUCAACAACCACAAGCCAAAUCAGCGUUCCACAAUCGACGCUCCAACCAGAUCGGAGCCCCUUAACCGAUCAAGAAGCAAGCCGACGGAGGUACUCGGUGAUGAUGGCAAGCCUGGCCGCAGCCCGUGUGGAGGAGAGCAAAGCAUCAUUACGGAGGAACAGUGCAAUGGUCCCCGCCGGACUUACAGGGGUGUCAUCGGGGCCGGCAAAAGGCGGCUGGGAGUGGCAAAAGCAAAGAGAUCUCGAAGACGACUUUGCUCUGCGCGAGAAGUACUUUGCAGAUGAAUUGUGA